AUGGGCUCUGGUUUUCUCUCAUCCAUCCUGAUUGACCAACUUCUUGCUAGUCCAGCUCCUGCUGAAGAAUCGAGCGGAAGCGAAUUUGCCUUCACUGCUGUCCUCGAUGAGGACAUUGCGGUGGAAUACCUCUUUGAUGAACUCUCUAGCCUUCUACAGAGUCUGAACGCGGUUGCUGCCAAAGCUACCCCCUCGCAGCUCUUUCUACACGCUAAAGCACAGAUCGUAGAGCUGUUUCAGUUCGUCGGUCACCUGCUGGUCUAUGUUGCGCAGCGCUCUUCAGUCAGUACUCCCCCUUCUGCCGAUGACGAGUUCGGACCUACCACUCGGCUCCUGGCGACGACUGAAGCCGUCUUGAGCAGCACUUUGUUUAAACAGCUUCCAGAGAGCCUGUGCUCCUUCAUCCAGUCUGUCACCAAGAACCUCACCUCCAACCCCCAAAACAUCCAAGAGGGGGCGCCAACUCCCCACCUACCUGAUCCCGCUGCUCCCUGCGUACCCUUCUGGCCGGAGGAUGCUCCAGUUGUUGGCGGUGGUGGUGGUGGUGGCAACCCAUUUCUGUACAGUCAG